CUCUGUCACGCAAAUACAGGGUGAUCCGUCGAGAUGCGCGCGGACACGGUCGGUCCAGCUACCCGCCGUGUGGUACAUCCUACAAUUACUCGAUGGACACUAUACUCGACGAGAUCAUCGACACCUUGGAUCAGCUAGGGCUGCAGAAGGUGCAUUUCUUAGGGGAGUCAACUAGUGGCGCGAUCGGCGAGGCGCUCGCUGCAAAGUAUCCUGAGCGCCUGCACUCGCUCAUUAUCUGCUCGUCACCAACUCACCUGCCACCUCCUGCUCUGAAGAUGUUUGCGUUCGGGCAUGAAAGCUGGCCAGCCGCUUGUCGAGAAUUAGGGUCGCGCGGAUGGGGAGAAGCGUUGUCGAAAGUGCCUGGCACAGUUCCGGCCGGGGACUCAGAACAACUGAAGUGGUGGAUUGAACAGGUCGCGAUCGCAAGCGGUGAGGGCCUGGCAGGAUACGCGGAGUUCUUAUCGACGAUAGACGCUCGGCCGUACCUGAAAGAUAUCAACAUAUCAAUGUUGAUAUUGGCUCCGGCGAACAGCGCAGCGACGAAGCUGGAAGAACAGAUGGACAUCCAUGGGCAAGUCAAGGGCUCGAAGAUCGAGGUCAUCUAUGGAAAAGGCCACGAGAUCUUUACAGAAAAGUCUGAGGAUUGUCAGAAAGCGUCACUGGCAUUUCUAGAUUCGUUGAAGCGGUAA